AUGUCUGACCAAAGAAAGAAUUCCACUUCAAGUGUCAUAAACCUAAACAACAAAAACUCAUUAUCACUUUCCUUUCUACAUAAAAAAAGACAUUCAGAUUCUUCAAUAAAUAAUGAAAAUGAUCAAGAAGGAGACAAUGGAUCACUUCAUAAGACAAAUUCAACAUCAUCAAUACCAAAAUUAGUUCGUAAAAAAUCUGGUGAAUUAGUUAAAUCAAAUUUAAAAUUAAAUUGUUUGAUGAAUGGUGAAUAUGUUUCAAAAUCAAUGCCAACUACUCCAUUAUAUAAAAAAGGUGUUCAUUUUGGUCAAGAUGUUGAUGUUCGAUAUUUUAAUGAAAAGGAUAAACCAACUGCUGUUAGUGCAAAUACUUCACCUAUUUUAAAAGGGAGAUCUUAUAAGUUUCAUCAUGGUCAUGGUCGUGGUCGUCAAAAAGAUGUAUUUAAUAAUAAUUUUGGUAAAGAAUAUGGUUAUGGAAAUUUAAAUAAUUAUGAUUAUCAAUAUGAUAGUAUUGAAAGUGAUGAUGAUUCAAUAGGUUAUAAUUCUGAUGAAGAAGAUGAUGAUUAUUUAUUAAAUUGGGAUCUUGAUUUAAUAAAUUUUGAAAAAAUUAAAUAUAAUGAAAAAAUUCAUAUUGAAAAAUCAUCAAUCUUUUUGGAAAGAAUUUCAAUUGAUGAAGAAAAUGAUUGUAUAUUGGGUGUUAUUGCUGUUAAGAAUUUAUCAUUUGAAAAAAAAAUUCAUAUUAGGUAUACUUUUGAUCAUUGGAAAACUGUUAUUGAAAUUGAAAGUUUUUAUAUUGAAAAUGAAUCAAUUCCCAAAGUUUUGAAAAGAUCAAAUUAUGAUCGGUUUAAAUUUAAGAUACCAUUAAUAAAUUUUAAAUUUAUGUCUGAAUCAAAAAUUAAAGUGUUUUUUUGUAUUAGAUAUAGAUAUAAACAAAUCAAUUUAAAUGAAGUUGAAAUUUGGGAUAAUAAUAAUUAUAAAAAUUAUGAAAUUGAAUUAACAAAACAUAAAAAGAAGAGAUUUACCAAAAAUCAUAAAUUUUCACUUGAUGAUUAUUCAAAUAAAACUAAUAAUAAUAAUACCAUGAAUAAUAUUAAUGAUUCAUAUUUCCAUAAUUAUGAAAUUAAUGUUAAAUCACCAGAAACUCCAAAAGUUUUAAAAAUUAAUGAUGAUGAUGAUAUACCACCUUUAAUUAAUACUGAUUUAAAUUUAAAAAAUAUGAAUUUAGUUGAUGAAGAUUAUUUUAGUUUGAAUCAUUCAAAUCAUCAGAUAUUACCAACAACAAAUUUAAAAAAUGAUGAAAUUGAUCCAUUUAAUAAUGAAAAUAAUGAAAAUAAUGACCAUAAUAAUAAUAUAAACACUAAUAAUAAUACAACUAAAACUUCAUCAAUUGCACAAAAUUUUAAAUUAAAUAGAAAUCAUAAACCAAUGAUUAAUUCAAAAUCUUAUCAAGAAUUAUUAGAUUCUUAUUGUUUUUUUAAAAGUGAUAAUGAUCAAAAUAAUUUAAAAACAAAUACAAUAUCAAGUUAUUUAGAUCAAAAUUUAAAUAAACAUUAA